UACCUUGCUCCACAGGUCACAGCUAUGGCACGGUCGGAGAAGCCCCAGCAAACCUCGGCGCCCUCGCCGUCGGCGAACCGGGGCUCCCGCACUAGCGAGCCGCCCGAGCGGGGCCCCGCGCGGGGAGGCGAUUGCGUGAACGCCGACAAGGCAGCGCCUGCGCACCGCUCGAGCGUAGCGCCGUGCGUCACCUGCGGCCUCUGCGGCGGCAUCCUCCGCGAUGCCACCACCGUCUCCGAGUGCCUCCACUCCUUCUGCAGGAAAUGCAUAUGUCAGAAGUUUGAGGAUGAGGAUAUCAAAUGGUGCCCUAAAUGCUACACUGAUUUGGGGUGUGCUCCACUGGAGAAGCUCAGAGCUGAUCAUAGCCUGCAAUACAUAAGCUCAAUGAUGUUUCUUACUAAGAAGCGCAAGGUUGAUGAAAUCUCUCCCCUGCAUCCAGCAUUGGUCUGGAACUGGUGGGGAGGAUUAUGCAACCAAGGCAACCAGGAAAACAGGUGCCUCUUUGAUGGAUAAGCCCAUGAACUCUGAAACUGGAACUCACGAGAAACUUGGGACAGAACACCCAUCCACAAAUGCAAGAAUAUUUACAGCUAUGGCUUCCAUUCCUUCAAGCAAGGCACAUGAACAGGAGGUUGAGAUCGAAGUGGUCAAAGAAACUUCAACUUCUCAAGGACUUGCCCAUGAUUUGUCUAUGCCAAUGGAAGCGCUUGCACUUGAUCAGACUGACCCCAGACAAAGCCAGGCGGCACUUGUGACCCCAGUACCGGAUCAGGUUACAACGAAUAUACCAACAAAGUCUACAUCUUCAGUGCCUCCUGCAACCACUUUAGUAGCUACAAGUGACAUUUCCCAUAUCCAGACUCAGUUACAGUACGACAAGAACUUGAGGACUGAACUCUAUAACAUCUGUAAUCAACAUUCAGAAAGUCUAUUUCAGCGUAUCGAGGCUUACAUAAGCCAAAGUCAGGUUUAUAAAGAUGUUUCCAGAUUAAAGGAAGAGUUGAGAUACGCAAUAUCAGAUAAAAUUGAAGAUUUUGGAAAGGUCAGAAUUCUGGAAGAGAGACUUAAAGAGCAGACUGACAAACUGCAGAGUGAAUCCAAGCGGUCUCAAGAGAUUAUGGCUUCUCAGAGAGAACUACUCCGAGAACAUGAAGCCCUGAAAUCUGAAAUGGCCAAAAAGGAUGAGGACUUGACGAAUCUGAAGCAUGGUAGUACUAUGGUCGACGUGCCAGCAAUGGGAUCAAGCCAAUAGACGCAGAGCUGGACUGAUGAAAGGCUUUUCGAAGUCCCGCUGCUGGAAGUCGAACAAAUGGCGCACAUGACAGAGCGCUGGCGAAUACAUGAAGGCAUGUCUGCCUAUUCCUUGUGAUUGAUACUCGUGUAGUUUGCUAGACUGUCUCCCUGAUUCUCUUUCUCCUUCUGCUGCGAGUAGAAACUGGUGGAGCGCUCCAAGAAGUCCAAGCUGUUAUAUAAAAGUGGGGCCAUCAUGCGCGCGGAGGCCCCUGGAAAGGACCUCGAGGCGCAAAAAUCCAUGAACAACAAGCUACAGCAGCGCCUGGAAUCAUCCACAGCCGAGCUGCGCAGUCGCAUCUUGGACAUAGAGCAGAAGAGGGACCAGCUGUCCAAUAGGAAUAAGACCUUGUCCGUCGUCGAAGAGGGUGAAUAGACAUUUCUUUAAAUUACACAACUUAAAAUAGUUGUUAGCCAACGGACUGGUCAGACCGGUCUAAUACUUAAUAUGAACUAAUUUUGACAUAACCGGUCAGACUGGUUGGGGUGAUCGGUUACACACAGAACCUGCACAAACAGAGUUAAUUCUUCCUUCUCGAGUUUGAACGUAAACAAAGAUUGGUGUA